AUGGGGCCCCCACCCCAGAGGGCCGCCAGUGUGGUGAAUUCCAAGAUGGCUGCCCAGUGGGCUGAAAUCCAAGAUGGCUCCCACGGCAGUGAAAUGCAAGUUGGUUGCCAGUGUGCCAAAAUCCAAGAUGGCCACCCGGGCAGUGCAUUCCAAGAUGGCCGCCUGGACGCUGAAAUCCAAGAUGGUUCCCCCUGGGCGGUGAAAUCCAAAAUGGCCGCCUGGAGAUGGGCCGCUGCACCCGCAUCCCCACCGCCCGACUCCCCCAUCCAGAAGCCCCGCUGCCCGCUGCACGACGCGAGCCCGAUCUCUCCCCAGGACCGGCGCCCCCCUGCCUGGGGGCUCCCCCUUCCUUGGCACUGCCCGCUCUGCCGCUGGAAGGCCGUACGGCUCACCAUGGACGUCAACCUGCACCGGGACCGGCCCCAGCACGACUACGAGGCCCCCUGGCACCCCCACGACACCACUCGGCACCGCCACAAUGCCCCAGGGCCCUACCAUAACUGCACCUGCCCCCGGGCCUCAUCGGCCCCCUCCGCCCUGCCUCGAGACGCCAGCCGCCGCAAGCUGCGCCCGGCCACCGUCUCCCGCGGCACCGAUGCCCGCCCGGCCCCCGGGGUCCGGUUCGGCCGCGCCAGCCGGGAGGAGCUCUCCUCGUCGGGCGGCGAGUCCCAGCGCCAGCGGCCCACCAAGGUCUACAUCUAUCCCGUCCACCCAGAGACUCCGCCCGCCAGCCGCGACCCCUCGCCCAGGCGCCGGGAGCUGCGCUGGAAGGAGGGCACGGGGAGGCCAGCCGGGGGCACCGGGCAGAGCCGGGUCGCGGCCACCGACACCGCGGACCGGGCAGCGGAGAAGCAGGCGCCGCCCGGUGGCCGCGCCCAGUACUACAAAGUGCAGGAGCCCUCCAUGCAGGAUUGGGUCUACCGGCCCGCCAAGGAGCCCCAGGGGAACCGAAACCAAACACUCUCCUCCCCCGCCCUUAGGUGGGACCCAGGCGUCCGGCAGAGGCCAGGUCUUGUGCAGCAGGUGGACGGGAGGCUCCCGUUGGCCAACGAAUACCUCCUUCUUUGUGGCGGGGCCCGCCAGGGCACGGUGGACGUGGACCCAGGCGUCCUGGGCUGCUUGGCCCCGGGGGCCGACUACGACGCUGACUACACCCUCCUGGUGCCCGUCCUCCAAGCCCGCGGCUGCCCCGUCACCCUGGACCUGCGCCGGUGCCCGCCGGGCCACGCCUGGCUGGCACUAGCCCCCUUCGGGGCCGAGGCCUGCCACCGCUGGGCCGACUGCUGCCGUCACCACGGCAACGAGGCCUACCUCGCCCCGGGCCUGGUCUCGGCCUGGUUCUCCCAGGCCUUGGGCACUGUGGCGGACCGGGCCCGGGCCGCCCCGCGCCGAGGGGGGCCGGCGGUGGAGCGGGUGGCCGGCCAGGGCGGCCUCGUGACCCUGCUCCUGAGCCAUGGCGAGGUGCGGGCGCUCUACGACGUGUUGCCCGUAGUGGCCUUCCAGGGGUGGCCGGCGGCAGCACACGAGUGGCUGGGCCACAGCCAUUUCUGGGACGGCAAGCUGAGGGAGGAGGACGUGGCCGGGGGCUUCUACCUCCUGCCUGGCUCUGGCUCGGCUGGGUAUGAGGCCUCGGGCCCGGCUUGGUGUGAGGCUUUGGGCCCGGUGGAGGACUCGGGCCCGGCUUCAUAUGAGGCCUCAGUCCCUGUGGCGGCUUCAGGCCCGGCUUGGCGUGAGGCUUCGGGCCCGGUGGAGGCCUCGGGCCCGGCUUGGUGCGAGGCUUCGGGCCCGGUGGAGGCCUCGGGCCCGGCUUGGUGCGAGGCUUCGGGCCCGGUGGAGGCCUCGGGCCCGGCUUGGUGCGAGGCUUCAGGUCUGGUAGACACCUCGGGCCUGGCUUGGCGUCUGUCCUUCUCCUGGAGCGAGCUCCAUCUCAAGAAGGCGAUGCCGCCCCCGCUGCUCCAGGCUUACCAGGCCGCCCGGGCCACCCUCGGCGGGGCCUGGGGCAGGCGGGUGGGGCCGUAUCACCUCUGGACCCUGGUGCUCUGGGCCUGCGAGCGCCUGCCCGCCCGCUACCUGGGCCGGGAGGAGAACACCGCCCAUUGCCUGCUGGGCCUGCUGGACGACAUGGCCGCCGGCCUGGGGGCCGGGGCCUGCCCGCACUACUUCCUGCCGGGCUGUGACAGGUUGGCGGGGGGCUUGGAGCUGGGCCUGGCCCGUGCGGUGGCCGCCGUCAGAGGGGACCCGGCUGGGCACCUGCGGCAAGCGGUGGAGAGGGUCAAGAUGGCCACCAAGUUGGGCAGGGGGCCAGACGCGGGGUCGGCUGUUGAGGAGUAAGU